AUGAUUGUAUCUGGGUUGAGUGCUACUCUCUCAAGAUGCCCCCAACUACCUCCUCGUGGCCUAGAAUCACGCCGUGUUCGGGUCAGCCCUUUUUCUGUUGCUCGUAGUUGUAUUAUACAAGGGACUCAUUUUCCUGGAGUUGAAAGAACAAGUUUUUCAUCUCUUAGGAUAAAAUGCAAUAGACCACAGGUUCAAUUGGUUACAAGUGCUAUGGAUGCUUCAUUUGGUGAUACUUCAAAUGAUUCUACGGCUGUUUUCCCAAGAAUUAGUGUGAGUGAUCCGUAUAAACGACUUGGAAUAAGCAAGGAAGCUUCUGAAGAAGAAAUUCAAGGAGCUAGGAACUUCCUGAUCCAAAAAUAUGCAGGGCACAAGCCAAGUAUAGAUUCAAUUGAGUCAGCUCAUGACAAAAUAAUCAUGCAGAAAUUCUAUGAGCGUAGAAACCCAAAAAUUGACUACAAGAAAAAAAUUAGGGCAGUCAAUCAAUCCCGAUUUGUUCAGGCUGUCAGAGGCAGAUUUCGCAUUCCAUCCACCAUAUUCAUUAUAAAAACUUCACUGGCAUUUUUGUUACUUGGUGUUCUGACUGUUUUCUUUCCAACUGAGGAAGGGCCAACACUUCAGGUAGCAUUAUCUCUGAUUGCCACAACGUAUUUCAUAUAUGAUCGGCUGAAGAGCAAGUUAAGAGCUUUGUUUUAUGGGGUUGGAGCAUUUAUCUUUUCGUGGCUAUUGGGAACCUUCUUGAUGGUGUCUGUAAUUCCUCCUAUUCCUAUAAUUAAGGGACCAAGAGCAUUUGAAGUGAUCUCAUCAUUGAUAACAUAUGUUUUAUUGUGGAUUUCAUCAACCUAUCUUAGGUAA